AAGAUAAAAAAAAAACUUAAUUGGCAUUCAUAAUGUGUCAGUUUUUUGAUAGUUUUCUGAUUUUUUUUGUGUUAAUAGUAAAUUUUAAAAUUACUGUACAUGGAAGAUCAGAUUAGCUAGCUAAUGUUCCAUUGUAACUCCUACGUUUUCCACCAGAUGUCACUAAUGCUGUAAUGUUCAAAUUGAGCUGAAUGUCUUCAGACUGCAAGACUAAUAUUCAGCUUUUAUGGUUGGAAGUUCACAUGGGGAUUUCUGGGUUCAAACAUAUUACUGCAUCAGAUUAAAAUCACUUAGCAUCUUUGGUUUACUACAUCUUUGAUGUGAAUUACUUCACUGAAAUCCGUGCUCUUGUGAGAAGUUGAAUUGUGGGCUCCAUGGGCAUAUCAGUUGUACUGUUGUUUAAAGUUGAGAUGGACUGUUGCUUCUGUCUUCAAUCAAGGAAGCCCAUCCAUGACUCCCCCCAGCUUCCAUUACAGAGAGAAUUGGAGGAAUUUCUUUUUGGCUUAACUUGCAAAUAAUAAUGUAUUGUUCAAGCUUAUUAAUAUAUGAAAUAUAUUUCAAGUUAUUGUGCUCAGUGACUAUAAUCAAAAUUUAUGUUGUAAUAAAUAUAGAAUAAAAGCUGUCCCCUCUAUUUCAAAUGUUAUUUAUAUUUUCUAAAAUCAGAUCUUUAGAGAUCUUUCCAUUCUAAAUGGGUUAUGUCUUUGAAAGCCAACAGUAUUCAGUUUGGCUACUUCAUCUAUUAGAGUUACAAUUCUGUUUUAGUCUAGCAAAAAGCUUGUAGCCCAGCAACCAGACCAUUUAAAAAUGGGUUGGCAGAAAAAAGUCAGAGCUGACACUCUAAUAACUUCAGUUGUUUUGUGUUAACUCAUUCUCUAUUAUUCUCUGCUAUCAUCUGAUAUAUUUUUAUAAGAGAGAAAUGCAAUAUAAUUAUUUAUUUGUAGAGUCUACUUCAACUAUGUUUAUUUGCAUCAUUUUCUAGGCAAACAUGUUUUCUUUUUUUAAAAGAGUUUUUAUUUAUUUGAGAGGUAGAGAUAUAGACAGAGAGAGGGAGAGACAAAGAGAAAGCUCUUCCAUCCAUUGGUUCACUCCCCAAAUGGCGGCAAUGGCUGAAGCUGGGCUGAUCUGAAGCCAGGAUCUGGGAGCUUCUUAGGGGUCCCCACUGUGGUUGCAGGGGCCUAAGCAGUUGGGCCAUUUUCCAUUGUUUUCCCAGGCCAUAAGCGGAGAGCUGGAUCAGAAGAGGGACAGCCAGGAUAUGAACUGGCACCCAUAUGGGAUAUGGUGCAGCAAGUGGAGGCUUAGCCUACUGUGCCAUAGCACUGGUCCUGGCAAGUUUUCACAGUCAGACUUAGAGCAGACCAAAAUUUUUAAAAUUUAAGAGACUUUUAUUUUAUCAGUUAGAAAGAUAGAGAGACAGGAAGACAGGGACAAAUGGGUAACAUGAUCUCUCAUUUAUUGAUUUAUUCCCCAAAUGUCUUUAGCAGCCAGGGCUGGGUUAAGCUGAAGUCAGGAGCUAGGAACUCAGUGUAGGUAUCCCACAUGGAUGGCAGAAACCCAAGUAUUUGAACCAUCAUCUGCCUCCCAUGGUGCACAUUAGCAGUAGGCUGGAAUCAAGAAAGGAGCUGGGUCUCAAACCCCAGGACUCCCAAGUGGGAUACUGGCAUCCUGAGCCAAACAACUUCCCACAAAAUCUUUAUGGUCUUGGAACCUUAUCUGUGCACCAAAAGGCCUCUAAAUAUAAAAUGGACCACAUCUACUUCAUUUUGAUGCAAAGGAAAUAUCUUGAACAUCUUUGAAAACUGUCUAGACAUGGACAUAUAAUAGUGGAUGUCUUGGGUCGUGGGUGUGAAUUUACUUUCAGAAAGGGCAGACUCACUUUCCAAGUAUAGAAAUUAGUUGUUUUGAAGAUGUGUUGAUUCUGGUGGCCACAAUAUUUCUACAAAACAGCUUUUGGAUUGUGUAUUUGCAACGACUAAUAGCCAGCAUAGCUCUGUAAAACAGGCUGUGAGUAUAGAGCUUCCAGAUCUGAAAAGGGAGCUUCAUGGGUUUGGAUCAUCUCCUGUGCCAGGCACCAGUGAGGUGCUCACACCUGUUCAGUGAGCUUUGGAGUGAAUACAGGUUGGGUUGAUGGGGAAGUGGGAGACUUGGGCCACAUGCUAUUUUGGAAAGAUUCCUUUGCUGCUUGAGAUAGAGUGAGAGAAAGAAGGCUGCAGUACCAUUUUCUGAUAUCAGGAUUGGAAUACAAACUAGAAUAGUGGAGCAUUAAGUUUCCCUCCCUGCAUUUGCCUGUUUGUUCUUCUCUCAUCACGGAACAGUGUCCUUGUUUAAGGGGAUUUGAGGUAGCCUCCAGACAAGCAGUUUAAGACAUUUUUUUCUAAUCAUAGAUACUUAGAUAAACAGAUAGGUGUCCAUUUGUAUUCGGAAAUAUGUAUACCUAAAGUAUUUUGGCACAUUGCUGUAAGCAAAAGAUUUCAAAAGUACACCAUGAAUAUCUUAAUACACCGGGAUUUGAUGGUGAUAAGCUGAUACAGAAAAAUCAUGGAGGAGGAUUGAGAAGAAAUGCCACCACCCACAGGACUGCACGAGUAAUCAGAGGUGAGCCAGGGUGGGCUGUUCAUCCCCGUGGGAAGUCUGCAUGCUCCUAGGACUGUUGCCUUCUCUAUGUCUAAGCCCUGCAUCUUUCUGCUGUUAAGUCCCUCUUAGACUGCUGAUGAGCAUUCUAAACUGAGAAUCCAUUCCCUAUUCUAGUACUCAUUGGUAAUCAUGGAGUGCACAGCUGGUGAGUCUCUAUAUCCUGAACCCAUAUUGCCUAUUAGCAAUUAUGCUCCCACAAAUCCGUGUGAGUUUCCGUGUGUGUGUGUUGUUUCUGGUGGCAUUGUUGUUGCUUCUGGGAAACUCGUCAUGUAUGUCACUGUUUUGUCAGUGAGCACUGGAGACAUUAUUCUUUCUUGUGUUUUCAUGUCCUCAUGUCUAGUGUCGAAUGCUUUCAGCACCUCAGUGCAAGUUGGGGUACGUCUAGAGAAAACUUCUGAAGUUUCUCAGAAUCGAAACAUGGGGCCAAAAUCAAGGAAACCAGUAUGUCAGCCUGUGAGAAUCCUGGUUAGGACAUGAGCCUCAGAGUGGUGACAUCAUAAUGGUGGGCUGUCCUGACUACUGCAGAAUCUGGUCUUUGUGGAUUAGUCCACAGUGCUCUAGCGAUUGCUGCAGACAGGUUUGCGUUCUAGUGCUUAAAAUUGAAGAAAAAAAAGAUGUUUUCAUCAACCAAAAAACGUUUAAAACGUUUUGGACGUCAUUCAAAAGUUCACUGCGCCAGGGACAGCUCACCUCCUGCGGUUGACAACCGAAUUGAAAAGAACACAUUGUUGGAAGGUGUCGAUCAUGAAAUCCUGAUCCAUGGCCCUGUGACCUUAAGAGCUGGGUUGAAGAAAAAGAAGCAUUUGGCAAUUUUAUAUCAUUCGGUUUUACUAAUAUCUAACUCAAGCUAUGAGAAGUCUCUCAACAUAAACUACAGAAUACCAGUGAACCACCUAUGGAUAGCUGAAUGUGGACGUGAUACACAGAGAAAAGGCAAACCCUGUUUAGUCGAGAGAUCGUUCCGUCUGGGAUGGCCACUGUUGAAUUUUGUGGCCACUUUCCCAUCUUCAGCGAUAAAAGAAAAAUGGUAUUCAUUACUUGAAAGGCAAAUAAAUUUAGCCAAAGAAGAGAACUACAUGCAUAGCAUCCUUACUGAAAUCAACAUUGAGGCUAUGAACAGAAGUACUUCUUCUAUAAUUGUGACAGUAACCAAUUUAGACACAGUGAAUGAUGUCAUCAACCUAUCACUGCCAGUACUAGGAUUAACUGGCUCUGAAAAAGACUACCAACUCUUGGUCAGCUCUGCAAAUGAAGAGGCUCCACAGCCUCUUAUUGGACACGAAAAUAUAUACACAAUUCAAACAACCUACCUUCGAGCUGCGAACCCGUCACCUGCAUCUGAGAAUGCUGUCGUUCUUCCCAGCCUCCACGAAUCUACCUUAGAAGAGUUGUGCUCACAUGUAUGUGGCUAUUUCAUUCUGAAACCCAGGUGCCAGGCCACAGGCCAGCGCAAGAGUGGUAGGCGCAUGACCCGACUGCUCAGGCCGAACAAGAGCAAAAAGCGGGGUGAUCUGACCAAGGGGGACUCUUCAGCAGCUCCUUUGUCAGUCCGAUUCUGUCCAGCCUCCCUCUUGGUGCUGUCUAGGAAGAAAAAACUGACGAGCCCACUUUCGGAUUUACUUUACCUUAUUGACAAAGGAUCACAGGCAGAGGGAAUAUUCAGGAAACCAGGAAGCAUAGCAUCUUACACAGCCCUGAAGCAAAAAAUAAGUUCUGGAGGUACAGUUGACUGGAGCAAUGAAUCUCCUCUUGUGGCAGCCGCUGUAUUACAGGAUUUUCUUCGAAGCCUGCCAGGAACUAUAUUUUCAGCCAAGCUGUAUGACCAGUGGCUUGAUGUAUUUGAGGAAGAGGACAAGAAUAAAGUACCUGCAAUUCAGAGGCUCUUAGCCCAGCUGCCAAAAGCCAAUUUUAUUAUCCUGAAGUGCCUGUUUGUGUCCCUAAACAAAAUUGUUCAACAGUCUACAUUCAAAAUUAUCGCUACCUCAGACUUAUCAUUGUGUCUUGCCCCAAGAAUUCUUCCCCUGUGGCAUUCAACGUCCAGAAGCUCAGAGGUAGCAGAUGAAUUAAGGAAGAAGGUUUCACUGACAUACUUUCUAAUACAAAACUGUCCUGAGAUAUUUAAAGAUGCCACCAAUUCAGUCUUGUGGAAGAGAUCCAUGAUUUUCUACAACAAUACUGGGGACAAUGCUGUGAAUUGCAAUAAUGUCUCGGGGGACAGUGACAACAUUGUGGAUACUAAGGAGGUGCAAUCUCUUGAUUGCCAACCCAUGGAUGUGACGCUGAUUAAAACAAGUGAAGAGCUGAAGGGUGACUCUGAGGCCACCUUUGAUGUGGGCCCACCUAGCCUUGUGUCAGAAUUUUUACUAGAUAACCUGGUACCGCUCCUGGUGCCUACUCCUGUUUCAAGCAUAGAUACUGAUUACACAGAUCACGUAGAGGAAGACCUCAGAUCCAUAACUGAGGAAUUGCAGACACCUCUGGAGUCCUACUCAGGCAUAGAGACUGAUGAGGAGACACAAGUUGGGGAAGUUGACAAGGCUCCACCUGAUCCCCACCAGGAGCGUACUCAAAGUCAACAUUCUUUAAGAAAGUGGCUGAAUCAGUGGGGCUUUUAUGGAAGCAGGAACAGCUCGCUUGAAGAACCUACCCUGCCCACACCUGAGCCACCUCAGCUAUUUGGGUCUCUGAUCCAAGAUGUUUGCAAGAAUGACAACUUGCCCAGACCUCUCUUGAAUUUUCUUUCAAGCAUUCCCGGCAGUCUUCUUACGGACCGUCUUUAUGAUAGCUGGCUUCAUGUUUUGGAUGAAGGAAACAAGAAAACUCAAAUAGCAGCAUUUCAAAGGCUUUUCACACUACUUCCAACACCCAACGCUACUAUCUUACAGUCCAUGUUUGGCUCCUUAUUCAAAAUAGCCAUGAAUUCAACAUCUUUUAAUGAAACAACUUCUGACCUGUCCAUGCAUGUAGCUCUAAGCCUGCUUUGGCCACGUAUUUCCGACAUUUCAGAACGAAAAACAGAAUGGCGAAGAAAGGUUGCCCUUGUUCAAUUUCUAAUUGAAAAUUACGUGAGGAUUUUUAGGAGUGACAUCUUCACCUGCGUUGGAGAAAUCACAAUAGAUCCAAAAAGCUACCCUGCAACUGCAGAUUGUCACAUGAAGAGAACUCAAACGAUACAUUCAAUAAGAAAGUGGCUGAAUCAGUGGGGCCUUUGUAGAAACAAGGAUUUACAGCCCAAAGAGCCUAUCCCGAGCUCACCUCGGCCAGUUCAGCUAUUUGAGUCUCUCAUUCAAGAUGUUUGUAAAGAUGACAAACUGCCCAGAUCUCUACUGGAUAUGAUUCUUUUAAUUGAACAGAAAGGUCCACUUACAAAGGACAUUUUCAAAAAACGUGGCAAUGAGAAAUCAUGUAGAACCCUAAGGUACAAACUAAACUAUGAACGCCAGGUGAACUGGGAGAGUGAGUCUGCUAUUGAUGUUGCGACUACAUUAAAGGGCUUUUUAGGAAGUAUCCCAGGAAGUAUAUUUACGGACGACCUGUAUAAUAACUGGCUUUGUGUCCUGGAUAAAGGGAAUGAGGAGACUCAAAUAGCAGCAAUUCAGAGACUUUUAGGUAAGCUGCCAAAAUCAAACUUUAAACUCCUGCGUUCCCUAUUUGGAGUCUUAGAGAAGAUUGCAAAGCAAUCAUCUUUGAAUAAUAUGACAGCUUCAAAGUUGUCAUCUUGUGUAGCUCCAAGUCUUUUUUGGCUACGUGGUUCCACAAUCUCAGCAAGAAGAAAGGAAAGGAGGAGAAAGGUUGCUGUUGUAAAAUUUCUAAUUGAACAUUUCUUCAGCAUUUUUGGGGAAGACAUCACCUCUCCCGUGGAAGAAAAUGCAAUAAAUCAGGACAACUACUCAGAAACAUCAUUUAGAACAAAUGCAUAAAUCUGAUGCAUCCACAUCCACUAAAGUUAUGAUAAUUAGCAAGAAGGCAACAUUGACAGAUGAUCUCUAGACCAUACCUGCUGCCAGCUCCACCAACUGUUCUUUCAUUUUCUGAGUUCCUGAAUUUUGACAUUUACAGAUACAUAUGACCUUUAUCCCAUAUCUCCUUUCACAUUGGGCUAGGAGAUAUUUUGACAAAUGUUCACAAUAUUUUUCUAAACUUGGAUAAAAGCUUUACCUUCUAGUGAAGAAUGAUGGAAUAUAUUAGUAAUGGAAUGGAUAAGAAGAACCUUAAACUAAGACUACCUCCAGAAAAGUCACAUCUUUGGCAAAAGAAAGUGUACAAGAUCUGAUUUUCUUAAACAUACUUUUUCAUUGGUCCAGUAUAUCUAGUUUAAAUACUCUGGAGAUCCUUUUUUAAAUUCCAUGGAGAUUCUUUUGAUGACUUUCAAUAUACCAUAAAUAUCUUUGCUACAUCCAAAGUAAUUAAAUAUUAUAAGAAUGAAUGUAUAAAAAAUACAUUUUGACAAAUCCCACUUUAAAACUAAUUGAAUCAAAUGACUUUUUAAAAGUCUGAUAGUUUGAUAUAUAGGAAAUUUCAGUAUUGCACAAUACUGAAAGGUACAGAGCAUAAGCUCAAUUUUCUUUCACACUCUUUUAAGGAUUGUUUGUAUCUUUCAUUCUAUUAAAUUAUUUUAUUCUAUUGUUUAUUUUUCUUAUGAAUACAAUAAAAUUACUUUAUCACUUACUGGCUUUGGUGACCAUUUUAUUUUCCCAUAAUUAGAGAUUUGCUACAAGCUCAGCUGGAUAGUCCUUCUGGUCUCACCUGAGUCACUCAAAGGCUUGCAGUCAACUGACAGUGCCACUGGGGCUACUUUAGGGUCUUUGGAUUUAUGCUGGCUCUUUUUUGACUUCCAUGUCUUCUAAAGGGAAGCUCUGCCUCCUGCAUGUGUAGCAGGAAGAGAUGCCAAACACUUCUCAAACCUCUGUUUGCUUCAUGUUUGCUAGUCCCCCAUCAGUCAAAGUCCAGUGGCAUGUGGUCAAGGCCCCGAUCCACUGGAGGACAGGACUACACAAGGGGCCACACGACAAACUACAAUGUUCCAAGACAAGGGGCAUUCAUUUUAUUGAGGGUUAUUACCCUAGUAUGAGACACAUAAUCCAAACUCAAGGCAGCAUCAUCACCUCACUCAUCCCUUUAUUCACCCACUUUAAACACUUCAUUUUCUAGGAUCCCAGAAGUCUGUUAGGUUCUCCUUCAUGGGUGCCAAGGACCCAAGUGCCUGAACUGUCAUCUGCUUCAUCUGCUUUCUCCAAGGGUGUGCACUCGCGGCAAGCUGUAUUGGAAGUAGAAUAGCUGGGAGUUAAACCAGGCAUUCCCAUAUGGGCUCCAGGCAUAUGACUUAACCACUGCCCCAAAUGCCUACCCCAAUGUCAAAUUCUUUAUUAGCAUUUUCUAAAGGUAAAUCUAAGAGUGGUGGAAAAUAACUUUGAAAUAAUAAUAGGCAUUUCCCCCUCAGAUAUUCUUUGUUUCCACUUUCUCCCAAUAAAUGUCUAGGUCGUUACUUCUGGAAGAGAAUUUACAGCGAAAAUAUUAGGAAAGAAGAACUCUAUGUUGCUUGUGUUUAAAAAAUUGAGUCUCCUGGAACUGGCAUUGUUCAAUGCCAGCAUCCCACAUUGGCAAUGGUUUGUGUCAUGGGUGCUCCACUUCUGAUCCAGCUACCUGUUAAUGGCCUGGUAAAAGCAGCAGAAGAGGACCCAAGUGUUUGGGCCUCUUCCACCCACUUGGGAGUCCCAGAUGAAGCUCAUGGCUUUGGCCUGGCCCAACCGUGGCUAUUGAAGCCAUAUAGGGAGUGAACCAACAGAUGAAAGAUCUCUCUCUGUAUCUCUGUCUAUCUCUCUGUCUCCCUUCCUCUCUGUAAUCUAAUUUUCAAAAUAAAUAAAUAUUAAAAAUAAUUGAAUCUCUAGUGAAGCUAACAAUAUCUGAGGCAUAAGGAUUUAGGUGAAAAAUUCAAGGAAAAUAGCAGGCUUGUUAGGAUUAUGGGACAUGAAUCCAAUUUCUUGAAUGGUAUGCACAUGGAGGCUUCACAGAAGACCCCACCCAAAGACACAUCUGAGACAGAUGGGCCCUGUUUACUCCCAGUUUCUUGUUCCUCAACAUGGAUCAGCUUAGUAAGAGUGCUCUCAGUGACACACUGGAUUUGAGGGAGCGAUGUUUCAUUGGCAUCUGUAUAGACUGGCUCCCCAGCACCAGAGAGCAAUAAGAAGAUCUCAGCAGUUGCUAGUUCCCUGAGAUGACACAGAGGCCCAGGUGAGUGACAGAUACUUUUCUCCAAGGCCCUAACUCCUUGGCACUAGAAAACUGAGAACAUGGAUAAAUCCUGUAUAUCUAUUAUCUGAUAAUAGUGGAUUGAAUUAGAAAUUGGUUGAGCAAUUUAAAAAUAGAUAACAAUGUUUCUUACAUCUCCUGCUUGCGUAGACUCAGACUGGUACUGCUAUAUAAAGAAUGCUUGCUUUAUGCCUGCCAUCCUUGAAAGGAUUCCCUAAACAAAUUUGGAAAAUGUAUUUUCCUACAGAGGUUGCCUUCUAGCCAUUCCUGUUACUCAUCUUUACACAUUUUAUAAAGUGAAAUGGAGAAAUGAAGGUUCUCAGAAGCGUGGGCGUGAGUUCACUCCUCCAGUCUGAGUCUCAAUCUCUUUAGAAAAGGGUUGGGUGGAAGGAGUUGGAGUCUCAUGUUUUAAUAUGUUAUUUUAUAAAUUAUUUUACUAAUUGAAGGGCAGAGAGCAAAACAGAUAAGCAGAAAGAGAGAUUCCCCCACCUCACCACUGGUUCACUCCCCAAAUAUCCAAAUAGCAGGUGACAGCUAAAGCCAGGAGUGAGGAAGUCAGUCUGGGUAUCCUAAGUGGAUGGCAGGGAUUCAAGUACUUGGGCUCUCACCAGCUGCUUCCUAGGAUGCAUGUUCACAGGAAGCUGUAAUGUAGAACUAAAUGGGACUCUGUCCUAGGAACUCUGGUAAAAAUAAGGGAUUUGGAUGUUGGAAGUGGUAUCUUAACUCCUAGGCAA